CACUCACUCACUCAAUACUGUCAAAUCAUAAUAUUUUUUGUAUCCUGCUCUCAUUUUUGUUUUUAAGGAUCAAUCUCCAAAGUGGAGUUCCUAGAAGCAAGGAUCCAAUGGCAAGAAAAAAUAAUAAAGGAUCUUGAGCAAGAGCGCAAUUUCUUGCGUGAGCAAAUCAUGGGAAAGAAGAAAUCAUCUCAACCAAAAGUAUUUACUUUGGAGGACGACGACGAGGAUGACGAUGGUAACAUGGAUGAAGAUGACGUCAUUCCCCCAUCUUCUCCAAACAUCAGUGAGUCCUCGGACAGUGAUGUUGUCAUCCAAAGACGGAAGAAACGUUGGACACAGCCACCUGCAUCUGCAACUGUGGCUGUGCUUGGAAAAGCUCAUGUGAGAGCAAAAGGACCAGCUGAGGUUAUCAGCAGAUAUAAAAAAGUCUUGAAAAGCUUAAGCAAAGUCCGCACCAUGACUGAAGCCUUCAGAAUCAAUGGCGUGGACCGGGGAACCAUCAAGAUGACUGCUGCAAUUGCAGAGCUCAGCAUUGUGGAUCCUGAAACCUUCAAGACCCUGAAGUAUGAUCCUGCAACUGAGACCCUGCAGUCCUUUGCUAAGAGGUGUGCAACCCACAUUACCCCUGAGAAGAAGAGCAUUAUAGAGGACAUGAAGGCCAAAGGCCAACUCCUCCCCUUGUUGAUGAAAUAUUAAAGACUUAAGUGAUCUGCUUUGUU